UGCUCCUCAGGUUACUGUGCUUUUCCAACAACCCGCUUCGCCAACAUGCACUAAUCAAUCCUCUAUUUAAGAACACCCCAAACCUUAAACCUUCCAUCUUAAUUUGUUUCAUUCCUUAGUACGACAUUUUAAUUAGUCUGUUAACUCUUCUUACCUGCACAAUGGAGCGUGCUCCGAGCUCGACAAAAAAGGACUUAAGCAUGGAGGACCCCUUGAACUGGGCCGGGGCCGCCGAGCCAACGAAAGUGAGCCAUUUCGACGAGGUAAAGCGCAUGGUGGAAGAGUUCAGAAAGCCUCUAGUUAGAUUGGCAGGCGCGAAUCUGACGAUCUCUCAGGUGGCUGCGGUGGCUGCGAGUGAGGCGACCGUGACAGUGGAGCUGUCCGAGGCCGCACGAGCCGGAGUGAAAGCGAGCAGCGAGUGGGUCAUGGAGAGCAUCGACAAGGGGAAGGAUAGCACUGGGAUUACGGCCGGCUUCGGUGCAGCCUCGCACCGGAGGACCGAGCAAGGAGCAGCUCUUCAGAACGAACUUAUCAGAUUCCUCAAUGUCGGAAUAUUCGGAGACGGCCUGGAAUCAGGCCACAUGUUGCCACGGGCGGCGACAAGGGCGGCAAUGCUGGUUAGAAUUAACAGCCUGCUGCAGGGCUACUCCGGCAUCCGCUUCGAGAUCCUCGAGGCCAUCGCCAGCCUUCUCAACGCCAAUGUCACGCCAUGCGUCCCUCUCCGUGGCUCCAUCACAGCUUCCGGUGAUCUCGUCCCCCUCGCCUACAUUGCCGGGCUCUUAUCGGGCCGGCCGAAUUCCAAAGCCAUCGGUCCCGAUGGCAUGUGCAUUGAUGCUGCAGAGGCCUUCCAGCUAGCCAGAAUCAUUGGCGGAUUCUUCGAACUGAGGCCCAAAGAGGGCAUUGCGCUCGUGAACGGUACCACCGUAGGCUCCGGCUUAGCCUCAAUUGUUCUCUUUGAAGCCAACAUCCUCGCGGUCCUCUCCGAAGUACUGUCAGCCGUCUUUUGUGAGGUCAUGCAGGGGAAGCCCGAGUUCACCGACCACCUCACGCACAAAUUGAAGCAUCACCCGGGCCAAAUCGAGGCUGCGGCGAUCAUGGAACAUAUAUUGGAAGGAAGCUCCUACAUGAAGAAGGCCAAGGAGCUCCACGAGCUCGACCCGCUGCAGAAGCCAAAGAAGGACCGCUACGCUGUCUGCACAUCCCCUCAGUGGUUGGGCCCUCAAAUUGAGGUGAUCCGAUCAUCAACCAAGUCCAUCGAGAGGGAGAUCAACUCGGUUAACGACAAUCCGCUGAUCGACGUCUCGAGGGACAAGGCCCUGCAUGGCGGCAACUUUCAGGGGACUCCUAUCGGUGUUUCGAUGGACAACACCCGCUUGGCGGUCGCUGCUAUUGGGAAGCUCAUGUUUGCCCAGUUCUCUGAGCUUGUGAAUGACUUGUACAACAAUGGGCUGCCGUCGAAUCUCUCGGGCGGGCGCAAUCCUAGUUUGGAUUACGGGUUCAAGGGGGCGGAGAUCGCGAUGGCGGCCUACUGCUCGGAGCUCCAAUUCCUUGCCAACCCUGUGACCACCCACGUCCAAAGUGCUGAGCAGCACAAUCAAGACGUGAACUCGCUGGGACUGAUCUCUGCACGGAAGACUGCGGAGGCCGUAGACGUCCUUAAGCUCAUGUCAUCCACCUACGUGGUUGCGUUGUGCCAAGCCAUCGAUCUGAGGCAUUUGGAGGAGAAUCUGAAGGCCGCCGUCAAGCACACCGUGAGCCAAGCGGCGAAGAGAGUUCUGAUGAUGGGCGCCGACGGGGGGCUCCAGCCCUCGAUGUUCUGCGUGGAGGGCUUGAUCAAGGUGAUCGAUCGCGAGCAUGUCUUCUCGUACAUUGAUGACCCUUGCAGCUCCGCAUAUCCUCUGGUGCAGAAGCUAAGGCAGGCUCUGGUCGAGCAUGCGCUCAGCCGCGGGGAGAAGGAGAAGGACAACGACAGCUCUACCUUCUUCUUGCACAGGAUAACUGCAUUUGAAGAGGAGCUCAGCGCCCACUUGCCGAAAGAUGUCGAAGCCGCCUGGGUUGCCUUCGGGAGCGGGAAAUCGGCAAUUCAAAACAGGAUAAAGGAGUGCAGGUCUUAUCCGCUCUACAAGUUUGUGAAGGAGGAGCUCGGCACUGAGUGCCUGACCGGAGAGAAGGUCCGAUCCCCAGGGGAGGAAUUCGAUAAGGUGUUUGACGCCAUUUGCCAGGCCAGGAUGAUCGACCCACUGCUGGAGUGCUUGAAGGACUGGAACGGUGCACCCCUUCCCAUCUCCUAACGAAUCCCUUUGCCAAUCGUAAGCUUCUUUAUAUGAAAGGGCAAACAGAUUGGGCCUUCCUUCCACGGUAUAGGUCUUGUUUUCUUAUUAAUUUUCAAGUAUAAAUUUUAUGUAGCGGGCUGCAGGCG